CGCUGAUCCCUUCCGCCAUCUGCCCAUUUCCCAAAUUACAAUACCUUUUUGACCCGCAUUUCCCUAUUUUUAUUUUUUGAUUCUCUCCCGGCAAACAGCUCACACUGGCUGGCGAAAAGCAUAAAGAGCUCCCGUCCCCCACGCCCCCCUUCCCUUUUUUCCCCAUCCGCAGCGGAUCCCACCCAGUUAUCACAUGCGCCCACAUUACGCUGCCCUCUACUAUUUAUUCCACAAUCUAGUAGAUCCCACGACCAUUACAAAGAGGAACUGCCCAAAAGUCCUAGCAUUGCUUCUUGCUUCCGUUUACCUAUUUCCGUUUCCCCCGUCGCUCCUACGUAGAACCGCUGGCUUGAUUCAUCGCGUUCACCUCCACCGCACCCGAGAUACCCAAUCCGUAUACCCAAUAGUAUCAACAACACUUUUUCAUAAUGGCCAAUGCACCGUCCGCGGAUCAAAUGGUGGAGGCCCUAGAUCGAUUUUAUCUGGAAUGGGCCAACGCAAACAAUAUCGAUGUGAACGCUGCUCUCUUUUGCAGCCCGGCCCGUCGAAGCAUAACGAUCGACGAAAACGAAAUCAUCGAACCAGGUGCCCGACUGUUGUCAAUUCCUCUUCGUGCUGCUCUUUCUGCGUGGGGCCCUGGUCACGAAGAGGAAGCCGCCUUCGAUAUGUGGCUCACGACAGUGCAAGACAGAUGCGAUACCCGACGCCAACGGGUGCCGCUUAUCGAAGGGUUUGGAGCUGUGCAAGCCGUCAUCAUGCGGCUCUUAUUCCAUCUGUCUCUCGAGAUGGAAUCACGAUUCGCACCAUGGCUCGCGACCUUGCGAGUGUUUCCGGUCUACCGGGAAUUUCCACCAGACCCACGGUAUCUGGGACUGUUUAUCCCAAAUCUAACACCGGACGAGCGAACGGAACUCCGCGGUACAUCGUUGCAGGUCAUGGCCGACUGCAACGAGGAGAUUUCAGAAAUGUACCGGUUGACCAAAAUCCUGGUGGAGGACGCCAGGCAGAUGAUUGGUGGAUUUUCCUUCCGCCAUUAUUACUCUACAAACACCAUCACCCAACCCGUCCGCAAAGAGGAUCCCGACUUCGAUCCAGACGGAUUCACGUACGAUCUCUUCAAGCGCGCUCUAUGGCUAGUAUUUCGCACAGGCUAUCACGUCAAUGCAUUAAAGGGCAAGUUCCAGUCGGUUGCGGCUCAGUUUGCGCAACCGAGUUGGUCGUGGGAAAAUAUGGGCAAGCCAUGUCAUCACCUAUACCUGAUACCCCUGUUUGAAUGCCUGCAACCCCAAGCCGAUAGAGCAACGGCUUUUGUAAAGCCGACGCGCGAAGAGAUUGUAAUCCCCAACCCCCGGAGAAGAUCAAGCGCUUCCAGCGAUGGCACUGCCAAGCAUGCAGCGCCCGUUCUACCAGAUCCGACCAAUGAGCCGUACGAGCCCGAGUACAGCGUCGUAACGGGCGUCGUGAUCAACGUUCACGCGGCAAACCGGCUUAUUCAGCGCCAAAGGCUGACCAUUCAUGGCCUGAACCAUGUAAUCAACACCGCCGAUAUGCUCAAAGCAUAUGGUACCAUGGAUGGCAGCCGCUUUGAAUCCUUUGCGAUACCCAGUGCAAUUGUCGAUCGGUCUAUUCGACUGCAUUUGGGAGGGCCCUCUGCGGUCGAGUAUUCUGCCAAGGGUAAGGCUCCUGCCACUUUUAACCAGGACCUUUAUGCUUUGGCUAGGCAACAGUUGCAUUAUCGCGGGUACUGGCCAGAGCCGCAAGAAGAGUUCCAGGUUACAUGCCGGAUCAUGGAAAAUCCCCACCUGAUAACCUGCGUGGUGGUCGCCCUCAUGUCCCAUGAGGAGCUCGAAAAGUGGGCUUGCAAACCUUGCAGUUUCGACUAUGGCUGGUUGAAGAGUCAAGCGGAGACACCUGGCGGUAUGCAAUAUGAUCGAUGUUGCACCAUUGCCGAGAUACUGGGAUCGAUCAUCUUUGAGAGGCUUGCAGCUAUACCGAGCAACGACAACCAUGAUUCCGCCAUCAUGAACCGCUGCCAAGCGAUGCGGACGUGGGAUCAUAAGAAGCUGCAGCGUGAGAAGCUUGAGCAAUUGCGGAGGGCGGCAGAGGACGUUUUGGAUGAGCGAGAUGGACGCGACGGCGAGCGGACAUCACAAGGUCGACCGCCGGGUGCAUCGAAUGGUCAUUCACGCCCGCGUGCGCCAAGCAGCAACCUUUCUGAUAGCCCACGCAAGCGGAAGCGGGGCCAAGAAGGGGAGACAUUAAGCGGCGAGUCCCGAUCGGCGAUUCCAAAAGAUGAUAGCGGGGCCUCACCGCCAAAGACACGGAAGCUGAAUGGUGGAGGCGACUCACCCACCACCGCAAGAACUCCCGUCCGAAGCAAGCGUCACGCUAGGUCCUGCCCAUCUACCCCGCCCUCUGGGGGUUCAUCAUCGUCGUCGUCUGGGUCAAAAAAGCGUGGUCGAUCAGCCAGUGACGACGAAACUCAGUCAUCCUCACCCGAAAAGCGCCGAAAAUCAGCCUCGUCGCUCCCACUCUUUGACCCGUUUGCAGAUUUCCGUCGAUGGUGGACCUACGGCAAAGAGAUGGCCGUCCUUUUUCGGUGGCGGGAGCGCGUAGCUUUGCAGCAUGCUCUCAGCCACCUUCAAAGAGAUGCUACAAAAGCUGCUUGAUCGGACGGCGGCCUUGUUGGAGGACCUGGUCCACCAUGAGCAAAAUGAGGAUGCUGACGGGGAGGAGGAAGAGGGCAGUGGCACGGAGGAUGGGAGGAAGAGGGGACAGAGGUGGCAGAGAGUGAGUGGGAGACGGGUCAUGGGAGUGAUAGUGAAGUUGAGGAUGAGGAGGUUGCGGAUGUGGGGUUGGAUGAGGGGGAGGAGAUGUAAUAUCAAGAUUCAAAAGAGGAGGAUAAUGGACCAGUGCGCGGAUUUAAAGAAAGGGGAAAGGCAAAGUGGGGAUUUUGGGAGAAAUGGGAGGGUACACACACACACAAGUUGUGUAUUUGCUUGUUUUUUUUUUUGAUUAUUCUUUUGUGUUGUUUUGGCGAAGAGGUUGUACAUAAAUAUUCAUUUUGCAUUUUGGGGGGGUUUGUUAUGGCGAAAACAUCCUUUGCAAUAUUGUCAUGCAAAAACUUG